GGUCCUUGUAUCCUUGGCACUUAAAAAAAAAAAAAGACGCGUCCGCCCUUUCUUUUUCUUUUUACUUACUCAUCCGUUUGCCCCACAUUGAAACAUACACAUACACAUCCACCAUUCCUUCUACAAUGACACUAGAAACUAUGGACAUUGAAUCGUUACCACCAGAUGACCAUAACGUGAAGCGAUUCAAGUCUUUACAAUACAGAUACCUGACAGUGUACUUGGUUGUCAUGGGUGCUGACUGGCUACAAGGUCCUUACUUGUACAAGUUAUACCAAUCCUACGGAUUCGACCUUGUCCAGAUCGCCUUUUUGUUUUUGACUGGCUUUGUCAGUGGCGCCAUUGGCGGCACAGCUGCUGGCAGCAUGGCUGAUUCCUGGGGACGACGACGAGGAUGUUUUCUAUUUUGUGCAACCUCAUGUCUCUCAUUGUUCCUUCGUGUUUUCAGCAGCAACUACCCACUGUUGUUCGUGUCACACGUUUUGUCAGGAAUGGCAGCAUCGAUGCAGUACAGCGUGUUUGAGGCAUGGUAUGUGGCCGAACACACGACGCAGAAUCUGCCUGGAGAAUGGAUGGCACGUACAUUUGGCAAGGGCACAUUCUUGAAUGGUCUGGUUGCGAUCGUUGCUGGUAUCGUCGCCAAUGCCGUCGUGGAUCUCUGGGGGUAUACCGCGCCUUUUGUCGUUUCCAUGGCAUUGGUCGUCCUGGCUGCUGGGACGAUCAGCUCUACGUGGGCUGAAAACUAUGGUGAAUCGUCGUCUGGUCAGAUCCAAUUGAUGCGAACGCUCAAGGAGGGUCUUCAGGCCUUAUUGCGAGAUUCAAACAUCCUUGUGCUGGGUGCGGCACAGACUGUGUUUGAGUGUGCCAUGUACAUCUUUGUGCUUUUGUACACACCUGCAAUCGAAAAAACAGCUGCAGUAUAUGUGGGCACAGACGAAAAGAGUCAGGAACUGCCACUGGGCUAUCUGUUUUCGACCAUGAUGUUUGCUGUCAUGAUGGGAUCGCUUACUUUCCAGACACUCGAGCGUCAAUCGUCCAGCUCUUCCGCAUGGCGUCUGGCGUCGUGGUGCACCAAGGAUCGUCUGUUGGUUCUGGCUCUUGGUCUGGCUAGCACGUCAUUUGGCGCUAUGAUGUAUGACGAAGCAACUUCGUUGCCUAUACUAGUUGUCGCCUACCACGUUUUUGAAUUCUCAACCGGGCUUUAUUACCCAUCACUUUCUUCACUCAAAGCCGAAGCUAUCCCUGAAGAGACGCGUGCAGCUGUCAUGACGCUGUUGCGGAUCCCAAUGAAUGUGGGCGUGGGAAUCAUCAUGUGGCAUGUGGAUGACCUAUCCACACCGAUGCUAUUCGCUAUCUGUUCCUUGAUGACCAUGGUCGGUGCUGCAUUGAUGACGAUCAAGUUUAGACCCAAAAUUCCCCAACAACAGUAAACCUCAAACGAAUAGUCUGUCCACCACCCCUCUUCCCUACAUCAUUUCAACCACUACUACCUCUUUCUUUUGUAAAUAGAUUGUCUUUUUCUGCUGUUACAAAAACCCUCCCUCCUUUUUUUUUCAUAUGCUUAAUAAUGAAAGCAGCGUGUUUCACAUAUGUUAAAAGCAGGGAACCUGCUGAUAAUGGGGCAACAGGAACGAUGUACUUCAGGAACCCAAGAAAAAAAUAAUACCCUAAAUUGGCGUUUUUAUGCCUGCAUAUAACGCGG